UAUCUAUCUCUCUCUCUCUCUGGUAGUUGUCGGAAUCCUAAUAGCUUCGGCCGUGGUGAUUGUCGGAAUCCUAAUAUGCCAGGAAUAGAUUGAGGUUACCCUGCCUGAGACUCGACGAGUGGGCUGCCUUUACGUUGGAGAAGCUCAAUCGUUCAAAGGGAUCCAAUUUUCUCGCGGAUUGCCUCGUAGAAUUGAGGGAUCAGAACGCAUCAAAAGAUUUUAUUUUGCUUCUUGAAGAGUUGUUGCCGUAUGCACAAUCUGUGGAGUCAUAUAAGCGGUCUUCAGAAUUCAUCUUCUUAAAACUUGUCUCUGAAUUACAAAUGGAAGCAAGAUUCUCUCUUGAUUCCAUCCUCAGUUUGAUUGCUGCUUUAUCAGGAGAUCUCAAGUACGAUUUUGCUCCCUUCCUUCCACGGCUUGUCAAGUCGUUAUUAAUUCUCCUGAAUAAUGGUGGUCUGAAAAAUGCAGAGACUAUUGAGCAGAUAUUCACAUCCUGGUCUAAAAUAAUAGAAAACCUAAGGUUUUGUUUCGCACGCGACGUCCGAGGUGCUCUCAGGAGUACAUUGGAGCUGAGGUACUACCCCAGUGACAUUAUCAAUGAAAAAAUGUCAAAAUCGAUGUCAUGUGUGUUGGAUCUAGCUCGGCCCAGUCAGCUUCAAAAAGGAUCAAGAUGA